AUGGUGAAGGAGACAGGUAUUUCUCACCGGGCUGUGGAGCGGAGGGGUGGGGAGCCCGAGCUCCGUGAUGGCCCUGGGAGCUGGCGGGAGCAGAGCGCGGUAGCCCAGCCCCGGCGUGCUUACAGGGUGUUGACGAGAUGGAGGCCCUUCAGGUUUGGACUGGACAAAGCAGACACAGCAGCCAUGGGAAUCCACAGGGCUAAGCAGGUGUCCACUGCAUCGUGGGUGUGUGUUCUCUUGCUGUGUAUCAUCCACUGCUACGCUCAGGACGAGUACUCCGGUUACAACUCAGGUGAGGAGCAUGGAUAUGAAGGCUCGUUGGUUGACCCAUACCCAAGCCAAGAAUAUCCCCCAGAACCGACCCAGACCUAUGAGGAGGAGAACACAGCUUCAGCAUAUGACCCCUACGCCCCUGGACCCACCGUGGUCACCAUGAUGACCGAGGAGCCUUACCCUUACGGCACCACCACCGAAACCUACGACUACGCCAAAGAGGACAAAAUCGAGACCUCCCAGGUGCCGUACGACAAUGACGGAUCAAGCGAAGAGACGCUGGAAGAGGAGGGGCCCACAGAGUGUGACUGUCAGCCCGGGGAGCCAGGAUUCGCUGGUUUCGCUGGACCAAAGGGCUCCAGAGGCCUGCAAGGAAAGACAGGAUUCCCAGGAGCUCAAGGACGUCAGGGUUACAAGGGAACCAAAGGAGUGAGAGGAAGAGGAGGUGACGCCGGCCCUGUGGGUGAAUCCGGGACUGACGGAGAUGACGGGGAGUCUGGAUUCUCUGGAGCAAUGGGGCUACCUGGUCCACCAGGUGACAGGGGCGAGUCUGGGAUCUUUGGCCUGAAGGGUGAUAUCGGAAUAGAAGGCCCACGAGGAGGAGUUGGUGAUAUCGGGGAUGUGGGCCCAAUUGGUCCACCUGGAACCACUGGAAGUAGAGGAGGUAAAGGCAUUAAGGGAUCCAUUGGUAAAACUGGCAAGCAGGGUCCAGAGGGGAGAGAAGGAUACAAGGGCCAGAUCGGAGCCCCUGGAUUCUCAGGAGACCAUGGAGAGCAGGGCUACAACGGUUACCCUGGGGAAACAGGUAGUCAAGGAGAGCUCGGUCCCAAGGGAGACCAAGGUUUUGGAGGUCUACCAGGAAGUGAUGGGGAACCUGGAGAUGAUGGUCCUCUUGGUGUUCCUGGGAUCAUGGGCGUGCCAGGCGCUUUUGGACCUAGGGGGGUGAAAGGUGACCGUGGUCCAAGGGGGCGCAGAGGAAGAGUGGGAGCUGGGGGCCCCGGGGGAGAGAGUGGAGAACCUGGUCUUCCAGGACAGCCUGGGCCCAAGGGCUUGUCUGGCCAGCUGGGAGCCAAAGGGGAAACCGGAGCAGAUGGACUGAAGGGUGCAACUGGAAGGACCGGCAUUAAGGGAGUAAAAGGUCAAAAGGGAAGUUCUGGUGACGGCGGAGAUAAAGGACAGCAAGGAGAGCGGGGUCGCCAAGGGCCUGAGGGGAAGGUGGGGCGCGUAGGACCUCCAGGUAUCCCCGGAGAAAGAGGAGAUUCCGGCCCCAGUGGAGACGGAGGGGUCAAAGGUCGAUCAGGACCAAAGGGUGUGGCAGGUGAACCUGGCCCCGGCCUGACAGACGACCAGGUCCUGCAGCUGUGCCAGGGUGUGGUCACCGCUCAGAUCUCCCAGUACGCUGCCUCCAUACGCUCCAAGUGUGCCCAGGGAUGCCCCAUCAACAACCGCACCCUCAUCGGGCCCCCAGGGCCCCGCGGGCCCACUGGAUCUUCUGGCAAGCCUGGUAAAGCGGGCAAGACUGGAGCCAAAGGAGCCCGUGGAGUCAUGGGCCCCACUGGGGUGGAUGGAGCCGAGGGUGUGGAUGGAGAUCAAGGUACAAAGGGUCGUAAAGGAGACAGAGGCGACACUGGGAGUGGUCUCCGUGGUCAUGACGGACCCCAAGGAAGCAGAGGAUUGCCUGGACACCCGGCUAUACCCAAGGACGGAGCUGAGGGCCCUCAGGGCCCCCGCGGGUACCCCGGGCCGGUGGGUCAGCCUGGCAUGGGUGGUCUGGUGGGCGUGCCAGGCUUGUGUGAGGCACGGGACUGCAGUAUCCACGCGCCUGUCGUGCGCAAAGAACAGGGUCUGGUGAAGGGCCCUCUGAGCACGAAGAUGUAAGGCCCCAGUGGAGCAGACUGCAGUGGUAGAGAGUGGGCCUCAGGUCAGUCUGGAGACUCUCAACACCAGGAGUCCAGCGACAGGGCAUCAGGAAAACAGUUACUCUGUGGUUCAGCUCACUGGAAGCGAGGCUUGGACCAACAAGAGGAAAAAACACAGCCGAAUCAAAAGACUACUGGACCGGAGCAGUUAUUGUGUCACGGUUCUCAGUUUAGACAUAUGUGCAACUCAUUCUAUUGUUUUACACUGCGGAAGUUAAUCGUCUUUUUUAUCAGCAAGUACCUAAUGUUCAUAUUUUAGUUUUGUUUAAUUUUGUUAUCAGUGAAACAAUGCUGUGG